CAGCUCAUUAGCAUAGAUUUGUUUUGGAGACAGUUUUUGGUCUGUGGGCAGGAGAGUCUGCAGGUGGGAGGGCCGGCUCUAGAGGCCACGGGCAUGAUGCUUCGGGUCCUGGUUGGGGCUUUCCUCCCCGCGAUGCUGCUGGCCGCCCCACCGCCCAUCAACAAGCUGGCACUGUUCCCGGACAAGAGUGCCUGGUGUGAGGCCAAGAACAUCACCCAGAUCGUGGGCCACAGCGGCUGUGAGGCCAAGUCCAUCCAGAACAGGGCCUGCCUAGGACAGUGCUUCAGCUACAGCGUUCCCAACACCUUCCCACAGUCUACGGAGUCCCUGGUUCACUGUGACUCCUGCAUGCCGGCCCAGUCCAUGUGGGAGAUUGUGACCUUGGAGUGCCCCGGCCACGAGGAGGUGCCCAGGGUGGACAAGCUGGUGGAGAAGAUCCUGCACUGUAGCUGCCAGGCAUGUGGCAAGGAGCCUAGUCACGGGCUGAGUGUCUACGUGCAGGGCGAGGACGCGCCGGGCUCCCAGCCGGGCACCCGUCCCCACCCCCACCCUGGAGGGCAGACCCCUGAGCCCGAGGACCCGCCCGGGGCCCCCCACGCGGAGGAAGAGGGGGCUGAGGACUGA